AUGGAAGAGGUGGUGGCGUCUUGUCUCCUUCUUCCUCUCUUCUCUCUCUGCAGCGUGCUGCACAAAACUGUGGUCUUCACGUUUGCCCCAGAGCAGGAGCAGCUGAAGGAGAUCCGGAAGAGGGCUGCGCUUCGGGUCAGCCUGACGUGCCGGAUGCCCUCUGAGCUGCCCCUGCGCCCCACGAGAAUCAGGCUGACACACUGCGGCUUGCAAGCCAAGCACCUCGAGCAGCUCUGCAGGGCGCUGAGAGGAAGCUGCCGCCCCGGCCACCUGGAGUGA